CAAAAGAGAAUUUGGCUGCGAAAUACAAGCAUCUCUAUUUUUGACCUCGAUCCAGAUCCUAAUCCAAUCUCAUAGAUGCUGCCAUGCAGGGCAUUUUUGUUCGAAAAUCAAAUACGAAAUUUUGAUCGGGUCGGAUUCGGAUCAGUCCUACUAUUCGGUUCGCCGUGGACGGGCGGCAUGGAAAGAGGUGACGCGAUCUCUCUGUGAAACAAAGAAGAGCCGAGACCGCCUUUGGUCCCUACUGUUCGCUGCUCGCUGCUCGCAUGGCGAUCUCUCGGAUCCCCAAGAGUAAGCGGAGGCCCAGAUCCCCCAUUCUUCUCCUCGCGAUCUCCGUCGUAGCCCUUGUUCUCUUCUUUGUCCUCUUCUCCUCCUCGAUCCCCACCUCGGGGCUCUCCUUCUCCUCUCCCGGUGCUUCGGAUGCGGCGGAGAGGGAGAGGACGAACGGGCUGGAGAGGAAGUACUUGUACUGGGGGAGUCGGAUCGACUGCCCCGGGAAGCACUGCCACUCGUGCGCCGGCUUGGGACAUCAGGAAUCCAGCCUCAGAUGCGCCCUCGAAGAGGCCCUCUUCCUUCAAAGAGUUUUUGUGAUGCCUUCAAGGAUUUGCAUUAACCCAACACAUAAUAAGAAGGGGAUACUCCACCACUCUAGCAAUGAAAGUUCAGAGGAAAGAGUUUUUGUUAAAAUUUGUAAUCUGAAGUUCUUUCAAAUCUUCAAUAGAUGGGCAGCAAAUUCUUGUGCGAUGGACUCUUUGUAUGACCUGGAUCUCAUUUCAAAUACAGUACCAGUUAUUAUGGACAAUUCAAAGAUGUGGCACAGGAUACUGUCAACAAGUAUGAAGUUAGGAGUAAGGGGGCUGGCCCAUGUUCAAGGAGUAAGCAGGGUUGAUCUCAAAGAAAAUAGUCUUUACUCAAAUGCCUUGCUAAUAAACCGCACUGCUAGUCCUCUUUCAUGGUUUAUGGAGUGCAAGGGUCGAACCAAUCGCAGCUCUGUUUUGCUGCCAUAUUCAUUUCUCCCAAUGAUGGCAGCCAGAAAAUUAAGAGAUGCAGCAGAUAUGAUUAAAGGGCUACUUGGUAACUAUGAUGCUAUUCAUGUGCGCCGAGGGGAUAAGAUAAAAACCAGAAAAGACGGACAUGGAGUGGUGCGAAGCCUUCAUCCACAUCUUGACAGAGAUACUCGCCCUGAAUUUAUUCAGCAGAGAAUUGCAAAAUGGAUUCCACCAGGACGCACUCUCUUCAUUGCUUCAAAUGAGAGAGUACCUGGUUUCUUUUCGCCUCUUUCUGCUAGAUAUAAGUUGGCAUACUCAUCAAACUUUAGUUACAUUUUGGACCCUGUGAUCCAGAACAAUUAUCAGUUGUUUAUGUUAGAAAGAUUGAUUUUGGUGGGUGCAAAAACCUUUGUUAAGACAUUUAAAGAAGAUGAGAAGGAUCUCAGCCUUACGGAUGACCCUAAGAAGAAUAUUAAGAACUGGCAAAUUCCCGUUUAUACUAUGGAUGGUGAGGGAAGCUAGAGUGCAUUCAAGGUAGCUUGUAUUUCAGCACAUGAUGGUUUUUUUUUUCCAAUGCUUGUUCUACCGUGGAAGAGCAAACAUGAUAUUGCAGAAUCUGAAUCUGCUCUUAAAGUUCAAAUCCAUCGAAAGGCCUUCUAACUCAAAGAGUAUACUUCACAUUGCAAAUCAGUAAAGGGUACCCAUGGUUGAAAUUGUCUGGAAGAAGCUAUAUAGUUUUUCUCGCCGAUGUUCUAAAAAAAAGUUAUAGAAAAGCAAUUGGAGUGGUUUGUGGCCGAUGGGGCUAUUAUGAUUGAAUUAUCGCAUUAUAGAGUAUGCGAGGCAGAUUUGUUUUUUAAUGGUGAAUUAAUGAUUGUAUUGAAAAUGAUCAUAGCAGUGUGCUUUUGUGCUUACAGAAUCAGAUUCCUCCCUUUUUGUGAUGCAUUGGUGAAUGUACUAUGGUUCUUUCUCAGCAA